AUGACUGCCGAGUUGGAGUACCGCGUGUUUCCGAUCCGAGUUAUGCUUGCGGUUGAUCCCAUGCAACUGGUUGAUCUCGUUGGACUGCAGUUGUACGACUCGUAUGAAGUGAAUGAAACCGGCAGAGCACCUUCACUUUCAAUUCUUCGUUUGCUAUACAGCGUGCUGCUGUUCGGUGGUUAUCUUGUAGGAUUUUACAAGUCCAUAGAAGAUAUCGCUCUCUCGGAUCAAUCCGCGCACAGUCCAAGCAUCUUUAAGUAUGCAUUAAUGACGCAAGUAUACUCUGGUAUCCUGGGUGCAGUUAUCUGCUAUGCAUUCCUGUGGCGGGCUGAUCGCAUGAAAUGCGUGUACAUUGAAGGGAUACAGUUUAGCAGCACGAAGAUAAACGAUCGGUACUUUCAAUUCCGCAACAUGCUGGUCCCUUCGAAACAAUCCAUAAUAGUUCCGAUCUCACUAGCGAUGCUUUUGGGGUUAUCGGUUUGGGAAGCCUACGCUCAGUACAUGAAUGAAAGCUACUUCACGAUAAUCGCAGUAAUUUAUCCUUUGUGGAUGUUUCAUGUCACGAUUCUGGAGUUCAUCACAAUGGUCAAAUCAACCGAAUGCAUUCUGACUAAAUUAAACUGGAUGCUGGAUGCUUUCUUGGAGAACGUACAGAAACAAACUCUGCCAGGUAUCAAUAACAAAGGAAAGGACACGAAAAGGUCGAUCACCAAGGUGCAUCCAGCCAGCCGUCGACCAUUCGUGCAUGAAAACGAGUUGAUCAGUGGCGAAAGACUAACGUACAUGUUUGUGAUCCAUGAAAAUGUGGCCAAACUGGCAGAAUUUAUAAACGGCGCCUAUUCGCUGCAAAUUAUUGCCAUCGUAACGGUUACAUUUGUUAACACGUUGUUUGGAUUUUUUAUCGAAACGAAGCUUCUGUUCUGGAACUAUCAGAUGCUCGAACUGAUAUUUAGGGCUUGUCGGUACGCAUUUGAGUGCAUUCCAGCUUGCCUGGUGAUUUAUUACAUGCUUAUUGUUUGUGCGUCUACACAUACUGAAUUGUUCAAAUCGUCCUCACUACUGCACAAACUGUUACAGUACAAAUCAAACUAUUUCAUUGACGAUCAGGCCCUGUUUGAAAGAUCAAAAGCUAUUGCUCUUCAGUUACUGCACAGAAAAAGAUUUUCGCUUUUUGACGGAAGUGGCUUGUUCAAGCUGGAUUUUACUUUCAUAUUUUCGAUAUUCAGUGCGGCCACUUCUUAUUUGAUUGUGCUGCUCCAGUUUGAUUUAUCUAAGGAUCUUGAAAGCGCCACAAUGUAA